UCAAACUACAUUAAAGCCUCGGGUAUUUACUCCUCUUUGCGAAAGAGUUACCAUUUAAAAAAAAAAGAGACUGAAGCAACUCUGUUAAAGGGACGCGUUCUUAUAAAAGACAAAGCUAUGGAAGAAGAUGUUACACCCUUGCAAAGAGAGACCAGUCAGGACAUUCACUUCAAAUCCUCAAGAUUAUACCAUAAUUAAUAUUUUAGGAAACAGGCAAGGCCCCACGGUGCUGUUUUUGUCUAAGCAUCUCCAAACUGGUAUUGUACUCACUAUUAAGCGAACAGAUCUUGAUAACUUUCCCGACCUAUACCAACACGCUAGAAGGGAUUUACACUUCGCUUCUCAAUUUCGUCAUCCUAAUAUAUCAAGCUACCUUCACUCUUUUAUUGCCGGUUCAAAGCUUUGGGUCAUUAUGAAACCCAUGAAUUUUGGCUCUGCCCAGCAACUACUGCAGAGUUGCGAAGGUACUGGUCUUAGGGAAUCGGCUGUGGGCUACAUCAUGCACGAAGUAUUACAGGGUUUGAAGUAUCUUCACGCCCAAGGCAUCCUCCAUCGACGCCUUCGAGCUUCCUCAGUACUACUGAAUGUGGACGGGACUGUCCAACUUAGUGAAUUGCAGGACGUGGCCCUUGUCACUUCCAGAAACCGCAGGAAAGCCCUACACGAGUACAUCUGGAGGGACGUCGAUGUGCCUUGGCUUGCUCCAGAAAUACUGGCGCAGGACGAAGCCGGGUAUAAUGAGAAGGCAGACGUCUAUUCGUUUGCGAUUACACUGCUGGAACUGGUGCACAACUUUCCCCCAUAUUCUUCUCUGCCUUCCACAACAGUCUACGUCAUGAAGAUGACUCGACAUCUAACACUCCCUCCCCGCCACUACCUGGGGGACCCACCAAAGGGCCUCUCAAAAAAGUUCCGGCAGGUGGUAUUAGCCUGCCUACAGCGAGAUCCCACACGCCGCCCCAGCACGGUGGAGCUGGUUGCUCACACCUUCUGGAAGCGUUACCGGGGAAAUCCGAGCGCUCUUCGUUGUCUCUCGUGUAGAAAAGAUUACCUUGUAAAACCCAAGGGACGCUGCAAUAAUUUGUUUCCCUCUAACAACGAAGUCGACGGUUUUCUUAUCGUAUAUGUACAAGUAAAAAUCAGGAUUUACAAAUUUAAGACGUUUUUCAAUUUUAUAAAGCUGCUGGCACAUGGAUAUAUGCGGAAGAAGAUCGCGAGCCCAUCCCUGAACGCUUUGAGUGGGAUUUUGACUAAGUCGAAAUACGCGUUAAUAAUUCACCUUAUUCUCUGUGCUACAUACAAGCAAGAUUGUCUUUUUUGAUAGACUGAAGAAACUCCACAAACUCCAAAAGCUGUGGCAAAGCUAUAAAAAUAUAAAAAGGCUGCGUUAUAUUUUCAAUACUGGUUCACUACAAAUUGAGGUUCUUCAUUAUACCCCUUACGUUGAUAUUCC